AUGUCUAAUAGUGAUAGUAUUGCUAAUAAUGAUACUUCCAAUAAUAAGUAUGAUACUGCUGAUAAUAACUCUUCAUCUAAUUUGCAAUUUUUUAUCUUUAAACAUAAUAAUCACAAAGAGACAAGAAUUAACAACAUGAUAGAUUAUGAAAAUCUAUUUAUAAUAGAAGAACAAGAUUACAUUAUCGAUUAUGCUAUGGAUUCUGAAAAUAAAAAAAGUGUAAAAAGCACUUACAAGCAAAGUGAAAAAAGUAGG